UGGCCACGCCCAUUGGAACAUCCCAGGCUCGCGUUCCAUUCUUCCUAUAGAACGUUUGUGUAAAGCAGAGAAGUUCUAAGCACAGCGGCCUCUCUGUCACCAGGACUCCAUCAAUACAGAGCCUGCUAGCCAGCCACGGGGUCCGGUGACUGAGCCUCCACGAGUUCCCUGGAAACCUGGCACUGACAGCUCGCUGGUGAAAAGCCUCUUGUGUUUCUAUCCCCAGUAACACAGCAACAGCGAAAGGCGAUUACAUGACGGUUGAUUGCCAAACAGACAGAGGUAAUUCAGCUACCUUAAAAGGACCCUUGGCGCUGCUAUACGCUCACAUUACUGUGAAUUAGUGUUUGCAAAAUCAUCAAACUACCAAGAAAAGGAAAGCAGAAGGAAUUACUUCUCUGUACUGGUGCUGAAGCAAUGUGUACACAGCAAAGAUAAUGACUGCAAAAUUGUGCUUCUCUGGUAUUUCCCAGCAACUAAUUAAGGAAUACUGUGAAACUCUGUCUCUUUUUCCCGGAGACAGACAUUGAGUCUUCAUAAUGGGUGAAGAGAGGAAUCUGGGUGUGUCCCAAAGGAUGCUCUCGCCAUCUCGGAGUACCAGCAGCUGUUCCUCCAAGUUGGGGAGUCGUCAGGAUAGCUGGGAAAUUGUCGAAGGCCUCCGUGGCAGUACAUGCUGUCCUCAGGAACCACAAAAACAAGAGGGCUUCCUGCUUAAAAAGAGAAAGUGGCCACUUAAAGGCUGGCAUAAGAGAUAUUUCAUUUUGGAAAAAGGAAUUUUGAAGUAUGCCAAGGGUCCUACUGAAAUGGAGAAAGGAAAGUUACAUGGCUGCAUUGAUGUUGGUCUGUCUGUGGUUUCCGUCAAGAAGACAACGAAGUGCAUUGACCUUGAUACAGAAGAACAUAUAUACCAUCUGAAGGUUAAGCCGCCAGAAGAUUUUGAGGAUUGGGUACUGAAGCUACGUGAUCACCGCCUGUUCCGGCAGAAUGAAAUAUCGGUAUUUCCACACGAUAUGAAUACUCAAUUUUAUCCAAUGCUCUCUACUACUGAAUCUUCUUCCAGUUUUGAUCCAAUUACAGCUCAUCAGGACACUAAUUUCAUUAGACAGAAUUCAUUGAAGCUGGGAGGCAGUCUACCAUUCUCUCGUUUAAAUGACAGUAGGAUACCAGCCUGGCUCCAAUCGUCUGAUGAUAUGGAAAAAUGUGCUAGAGAACUCUCCCAGUGUCACAGUUAUUUAGUGGAAAUGAGUCAGCUUCUUCAGAAUAUGGAUGUACUUCAUAGAACGUAUUCAGCGCCUGCAAUAAAUGCUAUCCAGGUUAAUGCUUUUGAAAGCCCUAAAAAAGUUAAAGGAUUAAACAAAAGAAAGUGGCGAACGAAAGGAAUAAGUAAAGAUUCCAAAGGGUCAUUGCAGGUUCCAACAACCCUCUCAGCAAAUGUAAGACUCCAUGCUUCCAACCCAAAUUUAUCUACCAUAGAUUAUACCGAGGAAAAAACAUAUUCCAGUGGCUCUGAAAACUCAGAAUUUACCAAAAUGCAGGAUGAUCUGUGUCAUAUUGCACACAAAGCGUAUUCUACUUUAAAAUCUGCCUAUAGCACAGUCUUCACCGAGAGAGAGAAACUGAAACAAUUGCUGGAACAGGACAUUUCUCCAACUGCCCAAAUCAUGGGACUGAAGAAUGCGUUAUCAGACAUCUCAUGUGAGGAGAGCAAGACGCUGGUCCAUCAGAUGUCCAAUGAAAGUAGACUGUCAAUCACAGAUUCCAUCUCAGAGUUCUUUGAUGCUCAGGAAGUGCUGCAGUCAUCAAGCUCAUCUGAGAAUGAGGUAUCGGAUGAUGACUCGUAUGUCAGUGAUAUAAGCGAUAACAUUUCGGAGGAUAAUCUAAGCAAUGACAUCGACCACGAAAGACGAUCUUUAGACUCGGAGUCUGUUACAACAGUCGAUGGCUGUCCGAAACGCAGAACGUGUCUUCCUGCUCCAUGUCCAAACACGAGUAAUAUCAGCUUGUGGAAUAUCCUUAGAAACAACAUUGGCAAAGAUCUUUCCAAAGUAUCCAUGCCCGUACAGUUGAACGAGCCACUUAAUACCCUGCAGAGACUAUGUGAGGAACUUGAAUAUAGUUAUUUGCUACACAAAGCAGCUGAGACUGAAGACCAAUAUGAACGAAUGGUUUAUGUGGCCACAUUUGCAGUAUCUGUGUAUGCAUCUAGUUUCUACCGAGCAGGAAGCAAGCCUUUUAACCCUGUACUCGGAGAGACAUAUGAAUGUGUUAAAGAAGAUGAAGGCGUUAGGUUCAUUGCAGAGCAGGUUAGUCACCAUCCCCCAGUAUCUGCCUGCCAUGCCGAAUCUGAAAAAUUUGUUUUUUAUCAAGAUAUCCGGUGGAAAAAUAAAUUUUGGGGCAAAUCUAUGGAAAUUGUUCCUAUUGGUAUAACACAUCUGGUCUUACCAGGGUCAGGGGACCAUUAUGAAUGGAAUAAGGUGACCUCUUGUAUCCAUAACAUUUUAAGCGGUCAGAGAUGGAUAGAACACUACGGAGAGAUAAUAAUCAAGAAUACCAAAAAUAGCAGCUGUCACUGCAAAGUAACCUUUAUGAAGGCAAAAUAUUGGAACCCAAAUGUACAUGAAGUUGAAGGAACAAUCAUGGACAGGAGUGGCAAAGUGGUGCAUCGGUUGUUUGGAAAAUGGCACGAGAGCCUGUUCUGUGGUUCAUCUUCAUCCCCAACCUGCAUAUGGAGAGCAAAUCCUAUGCCUAAGGACUUUGAGCUGUAUUAUGGAUUCACAAAGUUCGCACUGGAACUUAAUGAAAUGGACCCAAAGAUAAAGCCAUUCCUGCCUGGGACGGACACCAGAUAUAGACCAGACCAAAGAUACCUGGAAGAAGGAAAUGUUGAAGGAGCAGAGUUGCAAAAACAAAGGAUUGAGCAGCUGCAGAGAGAAAGGAGAAGAGUUCUGGAAGAUAAUGGCAUGGAGCAUCAGCCUCGUUUUUUCAGUAAGUCGAGUGAUGAAUCGUGGGCAUCAAAUGGCACUUACUGGCAGUUAAGAAAAGAUCCAGGAUUUGCUAAAAUGGACUGUCCGAUACUGUGGUGACUUACCCCACACCAUCUGUACCAAACACUGUUUAGAAAUGUACUUUAAUAAAUGUAUAUAAGGUCAUUUUUAGUUAUUAAAAGAAAAUCUUAAUUCCUAGUUUUUAAUGAAGCCUGGUUUAAUAUUAUUGGGUUUUAGUCAAUAUAUUCCAGUCGGUAUAUUAUCAGAUUAUUUAACCUGAAAGGAUACAUUUAGCUUGCUCUUGUUUCCAUGUAUGUCCUGUGCUAUUACCCAACUAAAUGGUACUUUUUAUUAUUUUUAAAAUUAACAUUAGGGCAUUAAAAAAGGUAUUACUCUGUCAUGAAUCGACCAUGUGACCCAGAGAUACAGAUCAUUUAAAAUAAAUAUUUAUCUUGGUCUUGUAUUUGUUAAAAAUAAAUAUAUAUCUAUAUAAUAUUAUCCAGGCCAAUGGCAAUUAGGUACUCAUAGAAUGUAAGUGGGUCAAAGUCCCAAUUUGACUCGGAAGACAGAACAGUCUAUAAUAGGCCUCGGGCCUUAUAAUUUUCUGGAGACCUAUAUAUAUUUUUAAUUAUGUUGCAUUAUGUUUUUAUGACUUAGACCAACAUC